GUGUACUUUCGGAGAGAGCUGUAUUAGUAGGGAACGAGUGGACGGAAUCUGCAAUACCAUUUACCGGUGUAUGAAGGGGAGGUGAAAUCGGAAAGUUUACUUGUUGCGAAACGAGCUGGGAUUACAUUUGACUGAUUCUAGUUCAGAUACAAAAUGCUGGAGUAACUCAGCGGGCCAGGCAGCAUCUCUGGAGAGAAGGAAUGGGUGACGUUUUGGAGAAUCCAGUUUGGUCUUCCAAAAUUAUUUUAAAAAAAGUCGGCGUGGCUUUCUACCUGUUAAUGCCAAAUUAAGUACGUGCGGUGUUUGGCGAAGUUAAAUUUCGAGGAACACUGAUUGCAGGGAAAUGGAUGGCACAAACCGCUUGUUUCUCUGCCCGCGGGGAAAGGGCCAAGACAUCUGCUCACCACUGCGAGCUGGCCAGCGGCACAGUGCCUCUUCCACCCUCCCAUGCCUGUCCCGCUAUUGUGACUGAAGUUUAGCCGAGUACUUUGCCUAAAUGAUCCCGCCCGCUUUAAAUUGAAACAUUAGCAGGGCACAAGCGGUCAAAAAACAAACUCGAGACCAAACCAAAGAUCCUAUGAUCUUUGCUCGAGACUAAAGCGUGGUUUUAAUUCAUUUGCAGUAGUUGAAAGUCAGUUUUAGUGCAUUUUAGCGGUAGAUGACCGAAUGCAAUUCGGGAUCCUAAAGGAGACCAAACGAAUGAUUGGAAGUGUUGCAGAAGAUAGCACGUACAUGCCAACUCCCAACGCUGGAAAAAGUUGAGCAAAUAUUUCCAAGCAAGUUGAUAACUCGGCCUGCCUUCACAAUGAACAAAGAAUGACCCCGAGAGUGGUGGGGAGAGGAGUGCUAGUGUAGAGUGUGCUUUUAGUUUGAAGUUUGGAUAUAUUUAUGCCAGAGAAAUUGGUUCUUAUCAGUUCCACCCUUUUGUUGAGGGUGUCUCAUUGGUAUUAAUGUAUAAAGCCAUUGUCAUAUUGAAAGUCAAUGAAUUCCAAAUGUUCAGGAUCCCAAUGGAAAUAGUUCUCGGGUAAUUUAGACUGGAAAAUCAUGGCCUGAAUGCCGGCUUUAUGCCGCUGCUUUAAAUUUGGCAUUGGUUGGGUUAAUCAUUCUCUCUGUCUCCUGCAGUUGGACUGAAACAGAAGAAGUAGUCCUUGGACUGAUCCUUGGAGUCUUUUAUAUAUUAAUCCCUGUGCUCCUGGCCACUGUUGGCCCUCACCUCAUCCCAUCACUCUCCCAAAGUCCUCCCUGGUUCGGGCUGGGUUCAACUGGAUUUUCCAAUGGGAAUGGCCGUGAAUAGCUUAUUGAUGUUAUGUUAAUGAGGUCUAAGGCUGGAUGUUCAGUAAACCAUGGGCUGGCUGAAAUCUUGAGGAUUGCAAUCCAGCCCCUUUACUACUUUUCAUUUUUGCAUUCAUUUCUUACCAUGUCCUUCCCAUCUUUCUUCGCUGGAUAAACUGCGAGAGGUCGAAGAUAGAGUUUAUCUACUAAAUGAUGCGGUUCCCUCCAGCUAAGAAAUGAUGCUACUACACCUUGUGACUGCAGCCUUGUGCCUGGGGGUGUCUGUUUCAGUUUCUGCACCUGGUCCAGAAAAAGCCUUUGAGAUUCCACCAUGGAAUUUUACGAUGUUUUGCACACUGCAAAAGCAGGGAGCUAUUGAAAAACACAGAAGCUGGCAGCCUCGGGAGCACAGGAAUUCAAGCAGCCUCCACUCUUCACUUAGCGAGCAUAUGAGAAAUGCAAAUAUAUCAUGUUCAAAGGACCAAGAUGGCUUUGGUUGCUGCCUCUGGAAAGAACAUUGGCCUGUUCAGCUCAUCAAUGAAGAGAACAGUAUCAGAAUGGACAUCAGGUGUUGGGCACAUGAAGACCUGACACUGUUUAUCUGUACAUUGAACCCACAAGAUUGGAAGAUGCACACGUUUGCAAAGUACAGAAUGAAGCAUCGGGACCUGCUGUAUUUUGACCAGAAGGAAAGCAAUGUUUCGACUUGCGUUAGUAACUGUCUACAACAGCAUGUAAUUAAAUGCACCAUAUCGUCCCUUGAUCUGAAUCGCAAGUAUCUCAUUUGGAUAGAGCUGAUAACCGGUUCAGGAUCCUUACAGUCACCUAUGAUGUUAGUAACUCCAAUAAAUGUAGUUAAGGUAAAUCCUCCCAUUAAUCUGCGGACAGAAAUGACAGUUGAAGGAAUUUUCAACCUUAGCUGGUCAAGCCCAAGUUCUGAACCAUACCUGCUCCAGUAUGAAGUAAAAUACUCCACAGGCAUCCCAGAGAGAGUCUGGAAGAUUAAGGAUGUCUGGCAAAACUCUUUGAUGCUUCACAAUUUGGAGAGUGACCUUUCUUAUCUUAUUGCCAUUCGCUGUAAACGUCGCGAUGGCCCGGGGUUUUGGAGUGAUUGGAGUGAACCUCUGCAUGUGAACGUACAGGAAAUCACAUAUUACCCAUCUCAAGUGCUGACAACUAUUGGCUCAGAUGUUACUGUACGGUGCGUUUUCUACAAUCAAACCCUGACCAAUUAUAAUGUUGUCUGGUGGUUAAACAUGAAUGAGAAAAUUCCCGAAGAUCAUUAUUCUUUAAUCAAUAAUCAUGAAACCAGUGUUACUCUCUUCAAUGUAACAUCAAAUGGACAGUCUCAAUUCAACAUAUUGCAGUGUUGCCUUCAAAAUGAAGAAAGAAGUAUUUGUAACUUUCGCUAUGCAGAAAUAGUUAUAUUGGAUACAAAAAUUAAUAUUUCAUGCGAGACCGAUGGUGCAUUGGAAAGAAUGAUCUGCAGAUGGCACUCAAGUCUCUGGAAACCAGAAGCAGCCAGCAAUUACAAGUUAAAAUAUUACAUUGAAGAGUUUUGGUGUGAUAACCUGGAAAUUGAAAACAAUAGCGUUGAUAUUCAAGAUUGCCGUGUGCUGAGGAAUGAUUUUGGCCAAUGCCACAUCAAGCCCAUUAACCUCACUUUUGGCCAUAUCAUGUGGAUGGAAUUCCAAUUUCGUGAGACAACAUUCAAAUCUGCACCAAUCUGUGUGAUUCCCAUGGAAGUAGUGAAACCUUUGGCACCCUCCAAUGUCGAGGCAGAAAUCAUCUUAAAUGGACGUUAUUUAAAUAUCAGCUGGGAAAAGCCAUUUCUUCCACCCUAUGCACAUCUGUUUGAAAUUCAGUACUCUGAGGAUGGAAUUAAGAGUAACUGGAAGACUUUAUUUUCUGUCAAUGAAACAUUCGUCAUCACUGAAGUAGCUGACCCUUGUGUGAUAUAUAUAGCCCGCGUACGUUGUAUGAGGUUUGAAGGGCCGGGAUACAAGAGCGAAUGGAGCAGUUUGAUCAAUACAAAUGUCACAGACGUCCAGGCACCGACCAUGGGGCCAGACUGUUGGCGAUUUAUUGACAAUGAUCCCUUGACCAAGAAGUCAAUUAUCACUCUGGUGUGGAAGCCUCUGACAAAACGUGAAGCCAUGUGCACCGUGAAGGGUUUUACUUUGAAGUAUCAAUCAAAAGAAAACAUUACCUGGCUGGAACAUGUUGGAGAUGUUACAAGUUACAGCUUUCCUCUGACUGAUGAAAUUAAAAGUGUCUCUGUGAUUGCUUUCAAUUCCAUUGGUUCUUCUGAAAGGAAUUUUAAACUAAUCCUAUCAAAGGACAGCAGCAAAGCAGAACCUGUUCUUGAAUCCCUUCAUGCCUCCGUAAUAAACUCCAGUUGUGUGCUUCUUUCCUGGAGAGUGCUUCCUCUUAACUGCCAGCCAACAUCUUUUGUGAUCGAAUGGAAAAGCCUAGCAAAUAAACAUGCUGAAGACUUGAAAUGGACAAGGGCUUCUGAAAACACCACCAGCGACUGUAUUCAUGACCACUUUUAUUUAUCUGUUGAGUACCAGCUGACAGUAUAUCCAAUCUUCUCUGAAACGGAAGGACAACCAUACAGGAUUUAUAUGACAAUUAACAAUGAAGGGGAGGUGACAAGAGCCAAUAACACUGGAAUGCAGAACAUUAUUUUACCACUUGUAUUUUUAUCCUCCGUUUUAUUGAUUGGAACCUUUUUGAUAUCCAAGCAAAGAAUAAGAAGUCUUGUCUGGAGAGAUGUCCCUAAUCCUAACAAAUGCUCAUGGGCUCAAGGAAUUAACUUUAAAAAGUCUGAUGCUAUUGCAAACUUAUUUGGGAAACACAAUAAAGGUGUUCUGCCUGUUGCCUCACAUCUCACGGAAUCAGAAAUAUUUGCAGUGGCGAUCAUAGAAGAGAUUGUACAACUUAAUGAAGACAAAAGUAUAAUUGCCAUACAUUCUGAAAAUGAAGGAGUAACAAAGCAAAAUUCAGACACAUCUAAUAUUCAGGUUCUUUGUGAAAGUAAUAACUUGAAAACGAAAAUGGAAUGCGAUGUGGAAACUAUUUGUGCGCAGUCAAACUCUGAUUAUUCAAAGGUUGUGAUAGAUGUGGAGAUGGAUCCACUUUGCAAAAAACACAAGUGCUCCAGCAACUAUUCCGAUGAAGGUGUAUAUUCAGGCAAUGAAACUGACACCUCUGGUAAUGAAGGUAAUAAUCUGUGGGAAUGUCAAAAACAUAGACUCACAGAGCUAAUCCAAUUUGAUGAAACCCAGUCAAGUUCUAUUACUUCUUCAGAAGGUUUCUUUGAAUCUCUGGAAGAAGAAACCAAAGACUUUUUCAAUGGGAUUGAUGAAGGAGUAGAUUUUUGCUAUUUGGAACAGAAUUCACUUAAGAACACUGAAAAAUGUGAGACAGGAGGACCCGCUGUCCAAGAGCUGCCACCCCUGGAAAAAUGUUUAUCUCUCAAGUUUCAGAAUCCAUCUGAAACAUAUUCAAUAUCUUACCUGGAAUCAUUGCUGAAAUUCAGCCUGAAUUCAGAUUACCCUCCUCAAAAGCUGCUCAGGUCAUAUGUGCCUCAGUUUCAAACAAAAACUUCAAAACACUCAAAAACAAGCAAUACAGAUGACAAAAUAUCAUCUAACCAUCUGAAAGGUUUGCCUGCGAUUGACUAAGGUUUUGUGUUAGUCAUUACUUUCUAUGGUUUUGUGUGCUUUCAAUCCAUUCCAAACCCAGGAUGGGUGUGUACUGAACACUUCAUUCUUGCAUCCUUUUAUUUCUGUGGCCUAAUAACACGGGAAAGAUUAGUAAGACAGUGGAAUUAAUUCAUUGAAAGUCACAGAAGAAUAAAUAAAUCAAAAAUUAUUGCUGGGAUAUAGGAAUGGGCACUACUGGAAUUAAGUUCCGCUCUAUUGCUUGAAAAUCACUAACUGAGGUGCUACAAUUUGAAAGCAGUCUGGAUUUCAAUAUGAUUACAAUGCAGAAGAGAGAUGGAAGAUGCAAGCCGACUACAUUUCAGAAGAGGCAUUACAUCGAUGAUCAAUCAACAGAGAGUAACAUUUGUUCAGGAGUUGGAAUCUUCAGCUUAACAUGUCAUAAUGUGCUUUGAUGAUUUAUAUGGUGGAGCAUUACAUUGAAACAAUCGAGUACAAAUCUUGUAAGAUUCCAUAAGUGCAUUUGAAUGUACAGAACUCUGAGCUGGCAUUGUCAAUAUAAACCUGACACCACUUCUGCCUUAACAAUGUGUUACACAAAUGGAGGCUCACUAUUGAUACACCAUUACCUUUUCCUUCAAUGGAUAAAUACAUUCAAAAUAUUCAUAUUACGAAUAAAUGUUAAGUACUAUUAAUUGUAUUUAAUGCCAAAUUCAACAUUUUUGCUUCAAGGACAUUGUUUUUAAAUGGCAAUGUGAAUUUUUUUCACAGCCUUGAUUAUGCGUGAUGGGAACCUUGAGGGCCUUACCCAGUGUCAGCCUGGGCAUGGGCUACUUUCCGUGCAGGGGCAUAUAUAUUGCCAAUAAGAUGGUACAAGAGUUGAUCAGGAACCUUGAAAUGUUAGAUGAUUUCUACACUUGUUGAAUCUGGGCUAUCAGAAUAAAAUCAGCAGGAAUUCCUGUAAAUGUUUCAAUGACUUGAUAGACAAUGCAAUUGCAGAAAAUAAAGACAGGAUUUUUUUGUAAGGUAAUUCGAAGAAUAGUCGGGCAUGAAAAUAAUCUUUAAAUUGCUAACAGUAUGUGAAAUUGUAGUUCACCAAUUGCCAGUGUCCUUAGGAGAGAAGAGAAUAGAACAUAUAAGACACAAAAAAUGCUGAGUAACUCAGCGGGACAGGCAGCAUCUCUGGAGAAGGAAUGGGUGAUGUUUCGGGUCGAUUCCCUUCUUUUCAGACUGAAGAAGGGUCUUCACCCGAAACGUCACCCAUUCCUUCUCUCCAGAGAUGCUGCCUGUCCUGCUGAGUUACUCCAGCAAUUUUUAUGUCUAUCUUCGGUGUAAACCAGCAUAUGCAGUUCCUUCCUACACAUAGGAGAACAUAUGUAUGCACGAUAAACAAAUACCAGUCAAUUGUAGCAAACAAGAAAUACAGAAAGAGGGUUCUGUUCUUGUUCAUCCUCACACCUCAUUUAUGCUGCUGCUAGCGAAGUCGUAUUCUGUCCACCUGGAACACCCCAUGCAGUUUAUUUUGGAGAUUGUGCAUAUAUUUGUUUGCCUAAAUUGUACAGCUCUGGUGCAAGGUGCUAUUACAACAGCUGAUAUAAUGACCAUUAUUUUUCCUCUAAUAUUAGUUGGGAUUGUAACUUGCUUGCACGUGGAAACAGUGUGUUCAUCAAUGGACUCAUGGCAAAUAUGCACGGGAGCCAUCAGGAAAUUCUUAAAUUCCUAAUUCUUACACAAUUCUUAAGAAAUUCCUAAACAUGAGCAGUCAGGAAAUUCUUUGCUGAGGUCUGGGCUAAGGCCUGGGAUAUUUUAUCAGUUUUCUAAUAACUUGAUUUUCCUGCAAUAAUAUCUGUUCAUUUUAAUUUCCUUCUGAUUAUUAGUAAAAUGUUGCUGCUGAAACUGGAGUUACAAAUGCCAGGUAGAUUGGUCCAAUAUUACUGGUGCAACAGCUUUACAGAUCACUGCCAAAUACUGCCAAAGGACAAACUGCGUGCAAUGUUUCUGAUUGAUGCAGUGAAAUAGACCCUCCUGGAAUUUUAUCUUCCUCUUCCCUUAGUCAAAUACAAGCCACUCGUCCAUAACAUAGAUUAAAUAAUGUUUUAUAAAAAAAUAUAGGAAAUUAGUAUUUCCCAUUUAAGUAUACAUGGAAUUAUAUUGUUAUUAAUGUGCCUUUUGCAAAAUUAUACCAUAUGAAACAAAUAUUUACAUAUGAAACGUUCAUGCAUUCUUAAAGCUUAAAACAUUUAUGCGCUAAAUUGUUUACUUUUUUCAAUAAAUGAGGCUUGCAUUUGUUGAAACAUAAUAGAGUUUCACUAACAUAAAAUGCUCUCAGGUAUUUUAUUUGGAAAUGUAAAGGUGUCCCUUAUAUCAUGGAUUCGAGUGUAUUGCAUCUUGCAGCUAUUUUUAUUAUAUUCAGUGAAAAACAUCUUUGUUAUGUGUGUGGUGCUAAUUGUAAUACCUUUCAGCAAAUGUGUGUAUAUUUGUAUUUAAUAACCUGUUUGAUUCAUUGGAACAUAAGAAAUAAAACCAGAGCUGGGUCAUUUGGCCCAUUGUGCCCAGUCCACUGUUCAAUAAGAAAA